UCGUCAUAUUUCAUGUAUUUGGCCGAAAAGGAUGAGAUCCCGAUUCAGGCGGACGGCCGGCCCGGCAAAGCCAAGUCCGACUUCCAGAGCUAUGCCGACGCCUUGUGGUGGGGAGUCAUAACUGUAACAACCAUUGGAUACGGGGAUACAGUUCCCAAAUCAUGGAUGGGCAAAAUAGUUGCCUCAUGUUUCUCAGUGUUUGCCAUCUCCUUCUUCGCACUGCCGGCUGUAACAUGGAUGGGCAAAAUAGUUGCCUCAUGUUUCUCAGUGUUUGCCAUCUCCUUCUUCGCACUGCCGGCUGGAAUCUUAGGCUCAGGAUUCGCCUUAAAAGUACAACAAAAACAGCGACAAAAGCAUUUUAACCGACAAAUACCGGCUGCGGCCACACUCAUACAGGUGCUAUCAUGUACAUUUACUUCCAUAAACAAUACCAUAAUCAAUUUUACUCGAUUUAUACACCCGAUCCCAACCAUACAGUGCAUGUGGAGGUGUCACUCAUCGGAGCCGCACUUUCAUUCAUUGGCCACUUGGAAGAUACACACGAGUGAAUACCAGCAAAAUGCGAGCACAUGUAUGUCAAGCACCCCAUUGAGCAAAGUGGCCAAAAAGGCCAGUGUUUUACGCCGAAAAAAGUCUAAAUUAAAGUUUGAAAACAUCCAAAUCGUGCCCAACCCGUACACCACCGGCGGUGUCAACCCAUUAUACACCGUUACGGCGCCUUCACCUGACAAAACCAACGCCGCCGGCGGUGACGACACUGACCACAAGCCGUCGACCAUUGAUGUGCCCGUCUAUCUCGAAGAACCCAAAGCCAGUACGUAUUCAAUGGGCAGUGCCAAUAGAGUGCGGAAAGACAGCCGUUUCAUCCCUUCCUCCUCGACGCCCGCCUCAAACAAUAGCCACAAUAUCGCCUCCUUUUGCACAGACGUUGUGUCCGACGAUAUGGACAACGAUAACGACGAAACGCCCAGAAGUAUAGCCACUGUUCAAAAGUAA